AUCACACUGCAAAUACUCUAGUCUGUUUCCUUCCUUACCUCUUUAUUCUCUCAUUCUUCCUUCUUGCAAUACCAGUUGUUUCUUUUUAAGCCAAGAUGGCCUUCCCUGUCUCUGCAAUUGGAUUUGAAGGCUAUGAAAAGAGGCUCGAGGUGUCAUUUUUUGACCCUGGUUCAUUUGUUGAUCCUCGAGGGAUGGGCCUUCGCUCCUUAUCCAAAAUACAAUUGGAUGAAAUCCUGAAACCAGCUGAAUGCACAAUCGUUUCUUCACUGUCAAACGAUCAUGUUGAUUCAUAUGUUCUUUCUGAAUCAAGCCUCUUUGUCUACCCUUACAAAAUCAUCAUCAAGACUUGUGGGACUACAAAAUUGCUUCUUUCGAUCCCUGCCAUUCUGAGGUUUGCUAACAACCUUUCACUUUCUGUACGGUCUGUGAGGUACACUCAUGGGAGCUUCAUAUUUCCUGGGGCUCAACCAUUUCCACAUCGUAACUUCUCUGAGGAAGUAGCGAUCCUUGAUCGCUUUUUUCUUAAGCUUGGUUCUCGUAGGAAGGCUUAUAUUAUGGGUAGUUCUGAUAAAACAAAGAAAUGGCAUGUUUAUUCAGCUUAUGCAGAAAGGAGUGGUCAUUCAGAUCCAGUUUAUACUUUAGAAAUGUGCAUGACUGGUUUGGACAAGAAGAAGGCAUCUGUCUUCUACAAAACACAUGUAAGUUCAGCAGUGUUGAUGACUGAGCAUUCAGGUAUUAGGGAGAUUCUUCCACAGUCCCAGAUAUGUGAUUUUGAGUUUGACCCUUGUGGUUACUCCAUGAAUUCAAUUGAAAAGGAUGCAAUAUCAACAAUUCAUGUCACUCCAGAAGACGGUUUCAGUUAUGCAAGUUUUGAGGCAGCCGGUUAUGAUUUUGAGACCGUGAAAUUGAAUCAGCUGAUUGAGAGAGUUUUAGCUUGUUUCAGGCCAACUGAGUUCUCUGUAUCUUUGCAUGCUGACGUCAAUGGAGAUGUACUUGAUCAUAGGAUCCCUCUUGAUGUGAAUGGGUACUGUUGUGAAGAAAGGAGAUUUGAUGUGCUUGGGAACGGCAGUUCAGUCAUUUACUACAGCUUUAUUGGUGCUGAUGUCUGUGUGUCGCCUAGGUCUAUUCUGAAAUGUUGCUGGAGUGAGGAUGAGAAGGAUGAGGAAGUUGGAUUUCGACCUGUUCCAUACCAUCUGAGUGCUCUAUAGCUUUGGAUACUGGACAUUGUAGGGGUGAACCAUGAGUCCAAGAGUCAAUGUGUUUGAAUGCAUACUGUUAUGGAAAAAAGAGCUCCUGGAGUGCUGCUAAAGUAAGGAUGAGAAGGAUGAGGAUGUUGAACUGAAAUUAUUUUUAGUUUAUAUAUUUGUUUCUGUUGUUUUUCUAUAAUAAAUGUUGUGGGGUUAUGUGCAGAGGAGGCGAACAGCUUAAGGAUUUAUCUACGCAUUUGACAGUUAUUUUGGAAAUGAUUUGGGUGCUAGAUAUCACUGGAGCUUAAUUUAAAUAAAGUGUGCUAUUUGUGCUACUAAAAUUUUCAUUGCAUUUAUUUAGCAUCACAAUUAUUAUCUUAUAAUUUGACCUUUUUCUUACUUUGA